UAGCCAACUUGCUUGUAAAUAUGUAUGACGUGCGUAUAUUUACAUGUUUUUAUGCACACAGCACAGCCAACAACAGCUUUUUGGAGGCUGCGCGAAUCGGCCAUUUUUAUUGGGUUUCCUUUUUUGGGCCCCAAUUUCUCGGCAACAUGUGUUCCCCCUUUGUGUGUAUUUAAUGUACCAUUUUUCUAAAGGCUGUAGGCUUUAAAGUGAACGUAAGCACUAGGAGUGCAGAGCAGGUAGAAGAAGAGUGUCCGUCUAUUGUAAUGCCCGGAACGCUUGGCGUAAACAUAAAGUAAGAGGUUUCCGCUUGGGCAGCGGACGCAGAACCGUAAAAUGUGCUCGCAACAAACAAAACAUACCAAACACACCGCGAAAAAGGGGAAUAACAAUUCGCGUACUCUUUAAAGUAAAUAAACACGAAGUUCAAUUAAUUCAUUUUAAAUAAACUAACAAACUGCAUAUCCUGUUCCUACUUAUCGCGUUCUAAGUAAAAAUAUCUCGUUAAGUUCUCUGUUAAGUGUCCCUUAAUUAACUUCCGAAUGUUGAAUAUUAAAUUGGCUUGUUGAUAGAAGUAAACGUUAAACACUUUCGUUUUAAAUACAUUUGGGAAAUGCCUGCAAAAAAUGGCACAUCCGCCCCGUGUAGAUUUCCCAAUGUAUACGCAGAAAAACUACAGACUACUUAGAAGCGCGGCCCGUAAACGAAAAACGCCCAACCACCCACUCACAUACACUUACACCUACCAGCGCACUACUCAUUCCCACCCACAUACAUGCGUAGAGCAGCAACAAAGUUGCGAUAGAAAACAGAUGCUUCAAAUAUGCAACAGCGUAUAAAUAACAGACUACGGCUAGCCAGAUUGGCCGAGUGCGUUGCAGGUGUCUCUGUUAUUAGCACUGACCUAUAGUGUUAGCGUAGCAGAGGCUGUUAGGAUGGCAGCGACGUCGACGGCAGAACUGAUGCCAAGGGUAAUUCAGUGUUGGGCGAGAUUUCCAUCAGUGGCCACGUCGUCGUCGGUUAACGGAAGUUUUCCCGAGCCAUCCCACAAAAAAAAAAGUAAAAUAAGCAAAGGAAAAAGACAUCGUGUUGGUGUGAGAGUGUGCUGGUGUUGGUUGCCUCAUAAAAGAUUCAACAGCCUGCCGAGCCAACAAAUAAUUAAAAAAAAAACGUGUGUUAAACAAAAAAAUUAAAUAAAUAAUUAUACAUAAAUGGCCUAGGAAAGGCAGCAAAAGUUAGUUCAAAAAGUGAAAAGCAAAACAAGAGUAUGGUGAGAGGCCAGAGCAUCGAUAAAAAAGAAAGCGGAGCAGCCUACAAUUGAAUAAAAACAAUCAAAUUUCGGAUGAAACGAAAAUUAACAACAUAAAAUUCGACAAGGGCAGUAAAAAAGAGACUCUCCGCGUCCCUUUCUCGCCCGCUUCUCCCACUUGGAGUAGUCCCCGAAUGUAACGGUAACAAGCAAGCGUGUUUCGAGCAGCAUCCUUGUGUGCAGCCGUCGCCUUUAAGCGCCACUUGAUGCCACCGUGACACACAAAAGAGAAAGAAUUGAAAAGGCAAUUGACGAGAAGAUAAACGAGAACGAGGUAACCAGGAGGCGGCGGCGAUGACAUUGACGCAUCCAAAGACGUCGCCACCCAGAUGACGGGCAGGCACCAGCAGGAGGAGCCGAAGACUCAGGAGCAGAAGCACCAGCACAGCCCCGACGACAAAACAAACCGAUCAACGUGUCAACGCGUCGAGUAGAAUGCAAAUAGGCGCUAACACCAGCGGCCAAAGCAGCAACAACCGCCUCCAACCACCAGAGCCUGAGCCCGAGCCUGAGCCGCCCAUUGAGCCACCCACCAUCCAUCUAGGCCAACAUGGCGGAUGCGGACGAUAGCAAGAGUGGCACUGGCAGCGGGGGCAGUGGCAGUGGUAGUGGUAGUGGCAGUGGCAGUGGUCGUGGGAGUGGCGCUGAGUCCCUGCAGCUGCUAACUAAACUGGACAAGGCCGUCUCCACCAACGAUGUUCUGCUCGAUCUCCAACGGGCGCUCACCUACGAGGCUGUCUUCAGCACUCUGGUGGAGCACAAAAUGCAGGCCCUUAAGCGGGACUACGAGGAGCACAAGAAGGCGAAGCGGCGCAAGCGAAAGUCCAUCGGUCGCAUCUUUCUGCCCAGAAAACUGUUUGGCAGCGGAAGUCGCCGUUCCAGCAGGGAGGACACCCCGCCACCGGAGGAUCACCAGGACCAGCCUUCACCACCAGCUACUAGUAGCGGGAAGACCAAGGCCCCAACAAAAGGCAAGACCCGGACGGAUGACAUUGAGGAGGCCUCCGGCUCAGUGGCCAGCCUACAGCGAUCUCAUCCAAAGCGCCCGGAGAACUUGGAGGACAGCCUGGCCAGCACGCUGAGCAACUCCUCGGGAGCACAGCGGCAGCACAAGCACAGCCACAGCUUACUUGUUCGAGCUCAAACGCACACGCCUGCACACCAGAUGGACAUGGAUGCGGACCGGAGAUCCAAUAGCUCGGAGGGGGAGGUCAGAUUGAAGGCCCAGCUCCCAGGCAAACAUUCCACAACGAUCAACGGCGAGUCGGAACUGCCCCCGAUCUCCGGACACGACAAUACCUCGACGACUGCCACAGCAACUGCCACAGUGACCGCCACGCCCCACGGAGGAGUCCUCCACAGCUCCACCCUGGCGGACGACAGCCUGACCGCCUCGCUCCGCGGCAGCCUUGAAAGCCUCUCCUACAGUAGCUCCCGCUGCACCGUCAGCUUUGGUGGAGCGGAGGUGAUUACCGCGAGCGGUGGGGAGGCGGAGUCGAGAGAGCGGGCGCGACUGGCCAAAAGGCUGAGGAUCCUGGAGGCCAAGUCCAUUAGCGCCCAGUGCAGCCCCAUCUUCCCCAGGCACGUGGUUCGCUCGUUUCCGCUGCAGUCGCCCCAACAAGCGCGCCUGCACAUCAAUGUUCCCUCCAGUUUGGCCAGGCCGCAGCCGCAGUUGCAGUUGCAGCAGCAUCUACAUCAGCAUCAGCACCAGCAGUUGCAACCUCACGUGGCCUUGGAGAUUGAGACGCUACCCGCUCCACUUCCCCAGCGGAGGCGUCUGUUGCCCAAGCAGAUAUCCUGCACUGAAAGCGGAGCAGCAGGGGAUUUCGGCGUGGUAGGUGCGGAGGCCUACACCAGGUACUUCUCCCGCCAGAACACGUCGGAGGACAGCGCCAAUGUGACGGUGAGCACCGUGUUGGCGCAAAGCGACUCCCAGUCGCUGCACGCCACGCCCAGCUAUGCAAAUACGCCCCCGGCAAUGGGCAGCGCGAGUCAGGAGCGCCGCAAGUCCCGCAGCACUGGACUGCUGGCUGUGCGGCCGCCGUAUGGCGUGGAUCCCAGUGCCGUGGUGAUUCCCAUGGAGGACGGGAGCGUGGAGCGAGUCAGGACGAGGGCUCUGGUGCCCGAAAAACUACACCGGAUGACCUCAACGUCGACGGGCUCCAGUGUGGCCGCCACAGGCUGCUGCAGCGCCACAAAGCCGAAGGAGAGGCCGAGCGAAGCCUUCAGGCCCUCCGCGAUGCCCUCCUCCGCAGCAAUGACAACGGCCCAGAGCACGGGCAGCGACGACGAGUACCGCCGGCGGAAACGGAAGUACAAGCGCCAUCAUCGCUGCUCGGAUCCCGCACUAGUCUAUCCCACGCCCAGCGGUCUCCAGCACUAUGUGCACGUGCUCGCCAUCAAUCCGGACACGCAGCAGCCCAUACAAUGCCCGUACGGUGAGGACUCGCCCUGCGACCUGCAGUUGGACAUGGACAUGGACUUGGACCUGGACCUGGACGAUGCCGAUAAAAUCGACGACCUUGAGCAGAUGGUCCCCAGUGGCCAUCAGCGGCAUCGCCGAAAGCAUCGACAUCGCCACAAAAAGCGACAUCGGCACAAAAAACCAAAAAUUCUGGUACAGGACUUGGACACAGAAGUUGUUAAGGUGAUCGAUCCUCAUGAUCUGUCUCAGCGUGCCCGCUGGACAAUAAUUGCCACCGCCUGUUUGUUACUGCUCAUGUGCCUCAUGUUGAUUGGAGUCACUUUGCGUAUGGCUCCGAUAAUCGAUGAUAUGGUGCGACAGGAGAACGAGCGCAACUUCCGCGAGAAUCUGGAGCGCACCUGGAUGAUGAAGAACCGCACCGAGCUGAACCUGCAGCGCCAGCAGAUGGAGAUGCAGAUGCAGCUGCACGUCGUUCCAUGAGCGGAAGGAAGGAAGUGACGCCGCUGGAGCAGAUGCGACCGGAUGAGAUGUCAGCACGAGCUGGAAAUGUCAGUGGCUGGCAGCAAGAACAACAAGUUUGUGGCAGGAAGCCGGAGGACCCUUCUGCCCCCACUUCCUGCAGCCCCCAACUCCCUUCCUGCCCCGCCCAAUCAAAGUUAUGCGCACAAUUGCUACAAAGAAUAACGGAGAGUACGAGAAAUCGAAUCAAAAGAAAUUGUUAACUAAAAUAAAUGAGAAUGGAGCACUCCGAAGUGCUCGGCUAAAGCUAAGCCUAAUGCUAAUUGUAGUUAAGUCUGCUCAGGCGGUAAUCACUUGUUUUAUAUCUAACUGAGAGCUAGACUCCACUUAGAGCAAACCAAAUAUAAUUCAAUGGUCGAGAAAAUCAAAAGUGAUUCAGUUUAGUCAAUAGUUAAAGCGUUGUUUAUAGAGUAACUUCGAUGACAUUUUUAAAUAUUAGAUCGGGAACGUUCUGGUGCUCAAAUUCAACCUUCUCCAGAGAUUUACAAUCAAUUGAAAAUGGGUCUAACAAAAGGCGUUUUUAUUCCAAGAACCCAAUGUGCGCAUUUGUGUGCGCACUUGAAUUUAAAUAGAUGAAGUGAAGUAUUGCAUUAUAAUUUAUUAGUCGCUUUGCAAUGCUUCAGUAUAGAAUUCAGUUUGUAUCUUCAUUUUACAUUUUCAUAUCUCUUGGCUUAAGAAAUAUGAAUUCACUAGUGAAAUUACUUCAAACUUAACGUCUUUUCGACGAAGUUGUUUACCAGAACCGACUCGAUUGUCCUGUAUUUAUUGCGCCAAGGAUAUGAUCUACUCUGGGCUGCAGGACGACGCCAAACAGAAGGAGCAAUUAAGCGAAAGGUUUCGAUUGUUCAGUUGAUUAGCCAAAUGGUUUCAAUUUUUCUUUAGCCGAGCUUUUCCCUAGGUUUUCCCACCCGAUAAAUACCCUCCUGAAUGGCGUCGACAGGCAGCUGUUGGAGAAAAAAAAGGGAGAAAAGUUGGUCAAUAGUUACGUCUGAAACUAAGUUGUUAACUGAAAGUACUCCUAAGUAAAUGUUAAUAGCAAUAAACAAGCGAAAGUUUUUGUAUCUCUUAGACGUUAAAGAUGUUGAAGGGGAAGAUGUUGAAAGAAAAGCGCAAACAUAUGUAUCAAGUAUUCCACGAUACAUUUUGAGUAAAACUACAAUUCAUAGGUUAACAAUAAUUGAAAAGGAGCAAGGAAGCAAAGAAACAUUCAAUAGAUUUACUUAAAUUUGGAAGUCAACUUGUGCCAAUCCUAAUGAGAACCUGCAAUAAAUGUGGCGUAGCGUAACUUAAUAAACAAUUGAAUAACAAAAAAGCGAGGAGAGUUAGAUAUUUAGCGGAUCGAUGUGAAACUGUUACUUAAGUGCAAAACGAGCUUGUUGUCGAAUUAAUUUUUAAACGGAUUAAACUAAGUGAAUCUAAGCUACAUGUUAAAUGUUUUUUUAGGUGUUCAAUGUUACAAUUAUUUGUGGUCGAGCAGCCGAGGAGCCAGAAUUGAUUGCCCAGCCUUCACCAAAUGCAUAAGUUUAUGAACCUGUGCUAACUCAGUUGCAGGUCUAACGACAAAAUAUAGCUUGAAGCAAACUUCUAUCGGUUUCAGCCAACAUAGCGAUGCAGGCUUGAAAGCAAUGUUGAGAACUUACUUCCCUGACCGCCCAUCUCCCAAUCCAGUUAACAAUUAGCCGGAUAUGUAUUUACCAGCCUAAAUCUUUCCCAUUACUCGCCCGAUUGCGCAAAGGUAAUUUAAUAGGGUUUUAGGCUCUGGCAUACAAUUACUGUGAGAUACAAAGAUAGUUUGUAUCCACAAGGCAGAUUUACGGCCCAAGCAUCACUUGAAAACAAUGAGAAAAAUAAUAAAGAGCUGGAAUCUAGUUUUCUGAAUCUUUUUUUAAGUUAUAUCUCCAACAUAUUUUGGCUUUAUUUUCGAAGCUUUAAACUCAAUAAUUAACAAAUUCUUUGCCAGGGAAUACAAACUGUAUCUGAUUCAAAAUCACAUGGUUCAAAACAAUGAAUUCAUUGAAUAGAUGGACAGUUUCUGUUUUGCUUACAAUUAAUGUUCUCUGUUUACAAAUAAAUAUAAUUUUGGUCCAUUCGGGCAGCAGGGAAGCAGGGAAGCAGAAGGAAGAAAACAAAUGGAAAGCUUUAAAUUAGCUCAAUAAAUUGUGAACUUAAACAUUUAAUCUACUUAGAGCGGGUCGUUGUUAAAUGCAAUGCAAGUACAUCUGGGACAAAGAAUCACACACCUCAUUCAGAUUUGUAAGAUACGCAUUUUGGCCAAGAAAGCCAUUCGAAUUUGACCACACACAGCCGAUAAAAUAAUCAAAUUUGCGCCAGGCAACCACAAAGGAUAUUUAGUAUAAACAAUCAAACAACAAUGUACUUAGUAAUUGCAUUUAACUCGUGGGGCAGAGCAUAUCCACUAGGUUUGCAAAAUUGAUUUAACAUAACUGCAUGCUUACACUAACGAAAGUAAACUGGAUAUUAACUGAAUGGAGGUUGGGGAGACCGAAUUAAAAGAACACAACUAAUGUCUAUAAUUAUGGCUAGCUAAGUGUAAAAAUGUAAGCUGAAUUAUUAUACAACCAACUACAGCCGAAGCAAGUAAAUUGAUGUAAUUGAAAUACUCGUAACGUUCUAGGGCGAAAUACCAAUGAAUAUUGAAUAACGACACAGGUUAAACACAAACACGCAGCAAGCAUAAAUUAAUGAAUAACGAAAAUAUUUCUCGAGAAAAAAUCAAACUUUUUAGCCUUUGAACGAGAGACUUUUGGUGCCCAAUCCAGUUUGAGCAAUUAUUUACAAGUGAAAAUAUAACGAAACACAAAGAAAGACACACACACACACCACAAAGGCAGAUGUAUUGUAAAUAGAAUCACAAACAAACCAAAUGAGUAAAUACCAAGUAGGUACAUUAAUAACUAAUGAGAGGGCUUAUCCGAGUAAAUCAACAUUAAAUAAAUUAACAACGGAAUUCAAACAGAAGCAGGUAAUACUUCAACUUGUGUGCAAGGCAUCAACUUUUACUGUUAAUUGUUGCUGGCAAUGCAAAACGCAGCGCCGACCGAAAAACGAAAACUACAAAAAUGAAAAACCAUGAAAAAGCAAAACAAAUAUAUUUAAAAUACAUUUGAACGCCUUCAGCGUUUUAUUCAUCAAACAAGAAAUGUUGAAUCGAAACAAAAAGUCAAACAAAGCCAUACAAACGAUAAAUCAAUUUGUGUCACCUGUGUAGUAAGUAUAUCUCAGUAUUUGUAACUGAACAUGAAAAGCGUUGAGGUGCAGGCAUCAACCACAGAAACAAACCAAAUCAAAUGAAAAUAAACUGAAUUUACAAGUGGUC